GAGGGAAACACGGGGAGAGAGAGAGAGAGAGAGAGAGAGAAUAAGAGGAAGGGAGGGAGGGAGUGAGGGAAGUGAGGCUGGCUGUGCUCUCUGCACCGCACCACUCUCUCCCUCAUUACCAUUCCAGACACUGCCUUCUCUGAGGAGAACCCUUCGCUCUGUUUGAAACGCCAAUCACCGCUGGCUGUCCUUUCAUCCUCGAUCACACGCACCGAAAGCACGGGCGAGAGCGGGAGCCCCGCAGAUGCCGAGAGGAUUUCCCGCGCUUCUCCAUCCGACCAAAGUUGCUCUGAAAAAGAAGAAUGCACUCGGAUACGGCCGUUUAGGAUUGCAGGAUCUCGACUAGACGUUUUUUUUUCCCGUCUGCGAUCUCCCCAGCAGACUAAUCAGUGCUAAGAGGACAGAUGGGCAUCCUUUAAUCCGAGUGGUAAGGACUUUACUUCCUCUUUGCUUUUUAUUAUCCACUUUGGCCGUGGCAUCGGUCCGUCCUGCUCCGUCACAGCUGCACCUCUACUGGAAAAGGCGAGAACCGGACCGAGGAACUCGAGGCUGAAGGUGGGGACGUUAGUGCUGGCACGUCCUGUGUGGUCACGAAUUGGACGAUACGGUCGGAUCGUACGAACUGCCCUUCUUGCGCGGUGUGAACCGUCGUACCCUGGAUGUAGACUUUCUGUAAAGCCGUAUAUAUAAAAGGAUUCCUGUAGACUCAUGUUCCUGCUGAGAUGGCAGACAUCAGGCACGGGCAUGUCUUUCCCAUCUGCCGGGGUCGGCAGCAGUCUGGGCAAUAUCUGCUGAGUUAGGGCCCCCCCUCCGAGGAAACCUUCCUCCAUCCUCGUGUGCCCACACACUCCUUUAACAAGAUGAACACAACUGAGCUGAACCAGAGUGCUGUGACCUUCUGCCUCCUGGACAUUAGUUACUCCCAGAUCUUCAACACGUGCCUACUGGAAGUCGUCGUUAUCCUCUUUCUCACCGUGCUCAUUAUCUGCGGUAACUUGGUCGUCAUCUUUGUAUUUCACUGCGCACCUCUACUCAGCCACCAUACCACCAGCUCUUUCAUCCAGACAAUGGCCUACGCUGACCUGCUGGUGGGAGUAAGCUGCCUCAUCCCGUCCCUGUCUUUACUACACCACCUGAAAGGGCUGGACGAGGAACUUACCUGCAAGGUGUUUGGUUACAUGGUGUGUGUGCUGAAGAGCGUCUCCAUGGCCUCAUUGGCGUGUGUCAGCGUGGACCGUUACGUGGCCAUUACGCGGCCGCUGUCCUAUGCAGCCUUGGUGACCCCGUGCCGUCUCCGUGCUUGCAUCGCGCUCAUCUGGCUCUACUCCUGUCUAAUCUUCCUGCCGUCCUUCUUUGGCUGGGGCAAGCCUGGGUAUCACGGAGAUGUUGUCAAGUGGUGCUCGUCGUCCUGGGCCACCCAGCCACUCUUCACUGCCUUCAUCGUGGCGGCGCUGUACGCGCCCGCAGCCCUCACCGUGUGCUUCACGUACGCCCAUAUUUUCCGGAUAUGCCGUCAGCACACCCGACAGAUCAGCGAGCGCCGGGCGCGGUUCGGCCCGCAGGAAACCGAGCCGGGAGAACCACCCGGACCUGACAAGCGUUACGCCACCGUGCUCUUCCGCAUCACCAGCGUGUUCUACCUGCUGUGGCUACCGUACAUCAUCUACUUCCUGCUAGAGAGCGCUGGAAUAUACCGCCAUCCUGCAGCCUCCUUUUUGACCACGUGGCUAGCGAUCAGCAACAGUUUCUGCAACUGCCUCAUCUACAGCUUGUCGAACAGCGCCUUCCGGAAAGGCCUCAAGCGCCUCUGUCUGAUCUGCAUAAAACGCACAGACACCAAGAAACCCCCGGGAGUGCCACCAGCUCCUCCUCGCCCGGCCUGUCACGUGUAGUGCCCAGUACGGACUGUACUGAGAGUGUCGCGUAUUGUGUCUCGCCAGCUCGUCUCGGUCGGUGGAAACAGGCCUGUUUUGGCAUCUGGGUGGCGUUCCCAGGUCUUUCUCCCAGAGAGUCUGGUCGUCUUCGUGACCAAAUCCCCGAGGCAAACGAGUCACCUUUCACCCCGACUGUCAAUGUUGACGGGGCUGUUAGGGCUGCUGUUUCGUGCAGCAUCGAAUAACUGUUCUUUAUGCGAAACGUGAAAAAAAAAAUCAUAUCGGUAAUAAUGAUGAUAAAAAAGAAACCCUCGUUUUUGCAAACUAAAUGCUUAUGUACGUCAUCCGUCAAGUCACGUGACCUCUUAAACGAGCGACGUCGUAGUAACGCACUAGCAUCGAUCAACCUUAACCAGGCAGUGCUGACGUUUCUUCUGUUUUUGGGACAUUUUCUAUCAAGUGUCAGCAGAGAAACCUGUGACUAAUCAUGUGCCACGUUAUCUCCUCCUUACCGCUAGCUGCUUCUUUAGAAACGUACGUUUGGCCGAUUGUAUAACUUUGCCUCCGGUCACAGGGCGGACGUACGGGCGGAUCAGCAGACAAACGGACCAUUCUGCCUGACUCCAGACCGCACAAAAGAUGCACUUUCUCACUGGAAGACACGGGACCUCACCGCAUCGUUCUCUCUCUAGUCUUGCGCCGUUUUUAAAAACGUCCUCUUCGUCACCCGCGGGCGGAGGUGAUCUCGGAAGACGACCCUCCGUCCUGUCGACUCUUCCGGAUCUCCGGAUUCCGGGUCGUCCGGUGAUGUGACGUGACGUGAUGUUUCCUCAUUCCAUGCAGCAUACGUGUAGCACAGCUGUCUUGGCAUGUUUGGUUUACUUUCCCCCGAAUGGAGUUCUCUAACUAUCGUGCUGUACGCCUUAUGGUAAUAUUUAUCGGGGGGGGGGGGGGGGG